AUGCAGAGCAUCUUUUGACCUCGUAUUAGGACAACCCAAAAGCCAAACAAAGAAAAGGAAUUUUAAAAGAAGAGGUGUGUACUGGCUGAAGAAUUGAUUGAAAACAUUGAAGAGGACCGAAUAGGAUCCCAAGCAAUGAAGAAAAGAAAUGAAGCCUGUAUAUUGAACCGCUGUUGAGAAAGAGAGAGCAGAAGAGCCGUGACAGUGCAGGGUGACAUCACAAAUUGAUGGGCUGUAGAGCGUGAACACCAAAUUUAAGCACCUGGACUAAAAACUGCAUCGACAAGAGUACAUCCUUCCAAACUACAGUUGUAGCAUCCGACCGCUGUGGAAACUGGGGAUUCAAGUAAAUAUGUGAAUUUUGCAAAAGGCAUUCCGGUUCUUAACAAAAAGUGGUUUUCAACUCAUCUGAACCAGCCGCCAACAAGCUUUGAACCACAGACGGAAUCGCCUACCUUCUCUUCCAGAAAUCUCCUCCUCCGGGGGGUCUUUAAUUGGACUGAUCUCUACUUUCUCUGCCGCUCUCUUUAUUGCUUUAUGUGAUGGAUAUCUGAGGAUCAGUCACCAUGCCAGUGAUGAAAGGGCUCUUGGCCCCUCAGAACACCUUUCUCGACACCAUUGCCAAGCGUUUUGAUGGCACACACAGUAACUUCCUGCUGGGCAAUGCUCAGGGAAGUCGAGGGUACCCUAUUGUGUACUGUUCAGACGGGUUCUGUGACCUCACGGGGUUCGCACGCACCGAGGUCAUGAAGAAGACAUGCACGUGUCACUUCCUGCAUGGACCGGAAACAAGUGAGAGAGUGACCCAACAGGUGGAGAAAACUUUAGAGGGACAGAGGGAGUUCCAGACAGAGGUUCGAUAUUACAGGAAGAACGGAACGUCGUUCUGGUGUCUGUUGGACAUCGUGCCUAUUAAAAAUGAGAAAGGAGAAGUGGUUCUGUUUCUCUUGUCCUUUAAAAAUAUCACCGACUCGUAUGGCAAAUCACAUCCCUGCUCUAACACAGAAGAGGAUUGCACUCAAAGCAGGAAGUCUGGUGGAACCAAUCUGAGUCAAGCUCGUGAGCGAGGUCGUAGCGUUCUGUACCACCUGACCUGUCAGUUCACCAAAAGGAGCAAAAGGAAGCUGCCUAAUCGUGUUUUUUCCCAGCCAACCCUACCGGAGUACAAGGUGGCGUCGGUUCAGAAGUCCCGUUUCAUCCUGCUCCAUUACAGUGUGUGCAAAGCCUUGUGGGAUUGGUUGAUCCUCCUUGCAACAUUUUACGUGGCUGUGACCGUUCCCUACAACGUCUGCUUCUCCACCCCUGACGACAGCGAACAUGACAACCCAGACUGUAACUCCGCCUCCAGAACCACCCUCGUCAGCGACAUAGCUGUAGAGAUGCUUUUCAUCCUCGACAUCGUCCUGAAUUUCAGAACCACCUACGUUGGGCCCGCGGGUCAGGUGGUUUAUGAUUCUCGCUCCAUCUGUCUUCACUACUGCACCACCUGGUUUAUUCUGGAUCUCAUAGCUGCCCUGCCAUUUGACCUGCUCUAUUUAUUCAACAUCUCAGUGACUUCCCUCGUCCACUUAUUGAAAACUGUGCGAUUACUCCGUCUGCUGCGCUUGCUGCAAAAGUUGGAUGGUUAUUCCCAGUACAGCGCCGUGGUUCUUACAUUGUUAAUGUCUGUGUUUGCCCUGCUGGCACACUGGCUGGCCUGCGUUUGGUACGUCAUUGGUCGCAAAGAGCUUGCCAGCAAUGACCCCCUAACCUGGGACAUAGGUUGGCUGCAAGAGUUAGGGAAGCGUCUGGAGACUCCGUACACCAAUGGUACAGUUGGCGGCCCUUCGUUGCGCAGCGCCUACAUUGCUUCUCUCUACUUCACGUUGAGCAGUCUGACUAGCGUUGGAUUCGGAAACGUCUGUGCCAACACAGACGCUGAGAAGAUCUUCUCCAUCUGCACCAUGCUUAUCGGGGCGCUGAUGCAUGCGGUGGUGUUUGGGAAUGUGACAGCCAUCAUUCAGCGCAUGUACUCUCGCCGUUCCCUCUACCACACGCGCAUGAAGGAUCUGAAAGACUUCAUCCGCGUGCACCGCCUGCCCCAGCAGCUGAAACAGCGCAUGCUGGAGUACUUCCAGACCACCUGGUCUGUCAACAACGGCAUCAAUGCCAAUGAGCUUUUACAUGACUUCCCAGACGAGCUGCGUGCAGACAUCGCCAUGCACCUAAACAAAGAUAUUCUGCAGCUUCCCCUCUUCUCCUCAGCCAGUAGGGGGUGUCUACGUUCCCUAUCUCUGCACAUUAAGACGUCGUUCUGUGCGCCUGGCGAGUAUCUUAUCCGCCAUGGAGACGCCCUGCAUGCUCAACACUUUGUCUGCUCUGGGUCUCUAGAAGUGUUGAAGGACGGCAUGGUGUUGGCCAUACUGGGUAAAGGAGACCUGAUUGGUGCAGACCUGCCGGGGAAGGAUCAGGUGAUCAAGGCUAAUGCAGAUGUGAAAGCUCUGACCUACUGUGAUCUACAGUACAUCAGUGUAAGAGCUCUUCAGGAGGUUCUCGAACUCUACCCAGAAUACAGCAGCCGCUUCAAUGAGGAUAUACAUCACAAUCUCACCUACAACCUCAGAGAGGGCCAAGCCAGAUUUACACGCUCAACAAGACUCCCACAGGAACGCUUUGAUGAUUCAAAGCUGCCGUUCAUUGUGGAGGCUGAGCAAGAAGAAUCCGGACAGGACAUGGGCCGGAAACCCUUGCUCUCUGGGUUUGGUGGUCCUUCAUCACAACCUAAUCUUAGUACCAUGCUGGGGGAGGAAUUUCGAAACAUCAGUAUGCUCCGGCUCUGCAGGUCCCCCAUUCAGAGCUCCCGGGUACGAAGCCCCUCUCCUCAGAUGCCACCCAAUGAGGACCUGUCUGUUGGCACUUUAUAUCCUAGAACAGAAAAGAACUCCUGCAACAGGCCAGCCAAACUUCUUAUUCCUGCUCUGAACUGUGUCAGUCCAUUGGACCUGAGCCCAAGGGUCGUUGAUGGCAUUGAGGAUAAUGAACAUGCGUUUCAUUUCAACGUUGAGCAUAACGAGCAGUCUCCUAACACAGAGGUCAAAGACCCAUUUCAGGUGGGCGCAAACUUGCUGCUUGAGACAGAGGAAGUCAGACAGAGUCUUCGCCUGCUCAAUGCUGAGAUGAACCACCUGAACCAGGAAGUGUCCUCGCUGACCAAGGAGCUUCAUGAAAUGAUGCAGUUCCUACACAACCACGUGACCCCAUCCCACUUCACUUCCUCUUUUACCCCCUACAGCUCUUACAGCUGUCAUACGUCAUCCAACUUUACAAACGUGGCCUCCUCUGCAACCGACUGGUCAUCUCGGCUGGGCUAUAACAUGUCUGCUGGUGCCUCUUUACAACCGGACACCUCUCUGAGAGAUUCUUUAGGAUCCAGGCACACGUGCACUUGCAAUGAAAGCCAUGCCCAGGAAAGAGGCUCUGUUUUGGGGCAGGAAGGGGACAUUGAACUCCUUCAUCAAACGCCUAAUCCCCACUCAACCUACACCCAUUUUCCAUGCUGCCCUGACCAGGAAAGGGUUGCCACCCUGGGCGUAGAGAGUCAGGCAAUCCCCUGUCAGACUUCUAAGACCACACCUAAUUCACCAUAUCUAAGACAUCAGGGUCCCCAUUCUGGAGGGUCUCUCCUGGGCUUGGCUUUAGCAUGUCCCGCCAGUGGAUUGUUUCCUCAGGUUAGAAGUGGAGGUUGCACUGUUACCCCUAGCAACACGUUGCCUCUGUGCAGCUAUAAUGUCCAGAGUCAAUCUCAUCCUUCUCUGAGUUUACAGAUGACCUCUGACCUAACGUGCCAGCAUUCCAGAGCUCAUACGCCGAUCCAUUCAUCCAUUACACCAACAGGCCCAUCACAGCCUCUCAUAGCUGUCAGUUCACUUAUGCAUGCUGGGAUUUGUAGUACAAAUUUUCUGCAUUUCCCCACGGGACCCAGACAGAAUGACAUGGUGGGAUCAAGUCCUGUUCACGUACAUGAUCCCAUUUUAGCAUCUACUGUAGAAAAGAAAUAAAUGGAACAUGGACCUGCUAAGAAGUGACGUAGCUAAUCCUGGAUGAAGAUUCACAGUGUCUUUGUCUACUGCAUGGUUACUGCCUUCGCUUAGGACAAAUACAGCGCAUUUGCCAUGCUGUGUAUGUGGCUUAUAUUAGAUAUAUUGCAGUGGCAAAUCGGUGGUUUGCGGCUGUGGGUUCUGAGUUUUGACCAAGACUAUUGUUUUAAGAUAAAUGAAAACUCCACAAUUACAGUGGAACUUGUCUGAAUGAGUCAUUACCCCUGUUUGUAUUUAGGCUAGGCGUGCAGUCUGUUCCAACUGUUAGUUUUAUGUUGCUCCACAGGGCUUGGUUUUACAUUGGCAAUUUCGCUGUGUAGGUUUUGUACACUGUCCCUCGGGACUGAGUCAUGCAUCACAAAGUGCCAGAAUUUCCAGGCUCUGUUGUCACGCUGCAUUUUUGUCAGAGCACAUUUUGAAGCUCUAUGUUUAAAACACUUUAUUUCCCGGACACAUUUGAAAAUGACAUGAACUAAGUUUUAAUGUUUAAAAGCAUGUGUAAAAUAUGUAAUGAUAAUGAUAUGGAUUUAUUUUUGUGGCUGGGUGUUUGAAAAAAUAUAUUGAUUUGUGCACAUUUAUUUAAAUUCGUUUAGCUCUCACUUCAAAUAUCUUUUUUAAAGACAUACUCUUGCAAAACGGGCCUCUUUUAUACUGGUAUUGUAAUAAAUGUCUAAAUUAAAAGCCAUGCAAUUGUAAAAAAAACAUUUGCCUGUUGAAAAUGUCAUCCUUAGAGAAUAAACCAUAAAU